GAUGAACACUUGAGUGGAGUCACAGGAACACCAGAAAUUGAAAGCCUUCAGCAAAGAAUCCAUAUGUUGUUUGUAGGAUUAUAGCCACAAAAUCUAUUUUCAUUAUAAUAAUGAGCAUUUUCUGUUUUUCUCUAAGCGUGCAUGACAUGGUUAUUUCUGAAGAUGACCUGGAUGAGGAUGUCUUCAAUGAUCCCAUGAACAGUGUAAUUGACUGGGAGGACAGGGAGAAUAUGAGUAGUGCGGAACAGAGGGAUGACAGCUCAGAUGAUGAGUAUCUUCCUCCAAUAUCUAUACGAAUGGGUGGUGCACUAAAAUCAGCUCCUUCCAUAGAUGGUCUUCCUAUAAUUGGCCUUGAUGAGACAGUGCAUGACCUACAAGGUUGUGGAGAUGAUCCUCAGGAGUGCUUGGCUGAUGUUGAUGUGCCAAUUUUGCCAGGAACAGAGAAGGUCAUUGUUGCGGAAGACAUCGUUGGUGUCCGAGCAGCAGUGGUGUAUGAGAACAGCUUGAAGCAGCUUGUUGAGUUUAUAACCCUGCCAUUGGACAGGUGCACCGCUUUAACCCACAAAGCUGAAGUAUGUGGCAGUCGUGCUCCCUUUCACAAAAAAAUCUCCUACAAGGGCACAGCUAUCAGUGUACAAUGGGUAAGCAUCACUGAAAAAAAUCAUAUCAAAUGUAUGCUGUUUCGUCAAGCCUUCUCCUACAAAGUGUAUGAAGCCAGAGUUCUCCUUGCAGCACUGGAUUAUAACUUUCACCUUAAUCGACCAGCAAUCAGGAAUGCUGAAGGCCAACUAAUAUUCAAACGGAAGUACAAUAAGAAUGCCAGAAGGUACAGUGUGUAUUCACUAAAAUCAGAAAAGGGCUACGAAUACAUUCCAGUACUCCAAUCAAAAAUAAUCAACGAGAGGUUGGCGAGAGGAGUCGGGAUGCCUCGUACCAGAUCAAUGAGGGAUGAUGACCCCAGACGGCUCGGUCUUGUGCCACCCAUCGCUCCACCACCUAUUUCGGAGCUAGUGCAGAUCCAAGUCAGCCGAGGUCUUGUAUCAGAACUCAACACAGCUACAGGCCUCCAGUGACGAUCUUGUCUACAUUUACAUGGAGUAUUCUAUACCUGCUGCGUGUUACUAAUGUAAUGUACAUAAAAAUGUAGAUAUUGCACUUUGAUGUCUUUCCUACUGUGCUAACAUGUUGUUCUUUUUACUUGAAGUUGCACAUAAAUUCUGCACAGUCUUUUACGUUAGAUCUAUUCUUUAUUAUCCUAAAGUGUGUAAAAUCAUGUUUCAAGAUUAAAAUGUGUUCCAAAUUUGUCUGUUCAAACUCUGAAUAAGGUUAAUUCAAUUAAAAGUG